AUGGACUUUGAAUUUGUACAAGGGACUGUGUUACAUACAGAAGGAAACUGGUCUCUAUAUACAACAGCUGCAUCUGAUCUCCCCCUAUAUGGCUACUACAAUCCCCUAUCUGCACAAUCCGUACUAGACACAGAAGAGUCCUUAUUAGAGCUUAUUAAAAUAGAAGGUCCAUUUGAUGGAGUGCUGGGAUAUUCUGCAGGGGCAUCAUUGGCUGGACAGAUCAUUUGCUCUGACGCUGAGAAACACCCCUUCAAAUCCCCGGAUGAGAGGCCGUUUCGGUUCGCAUGCUUCAUCAACGCCAUUAGCCCUCUUAAAGCGUUUAGACUUGAAAAUGAAAAAGUCCAAGAUGGUGUUAUUGAUGUCGACUCCGUGAGGAACCCGGUCGUAAAAGCAGCUCUGGAUGAAUACUUGCGACCGAGCGCGACGCGUGCGAGAAAAUCAUUCCACAAGAGAGCAGAUAUGCCGGAUUCGGACGCAAUUCGGCAGGAAGUCGAGUCUCUGCAAACAAGGCUAUUGGAGGAUGGAACUCCAUUCUUCACGGACGGGGUAUAUGGGAUGACUCGCUAUGAUGCGAACUUUCAUGGGACAUUGAUCACUAUACCGACCUUGCAUGUGCGAUGUCCGGAGAGUGGUGAUGCACAUGACAACGGCGCUCAUACGCUGGCACUUUGCGAGUCAGAUCUGGUGCAGGAGAUUCAUCAUCCGCUCGGACAUGACUUUCCACGCGGAGCUCAGUUGUUGAAGAAGAUAAGUGCGGCGUUUCGUGAACUUGCCGACUCGGCUUAAGCAACCAACCAAGGUAUAGAUGUAACUUCGAUAAACUAUCGCUCAUGUUGAUUAUUGUUCCAAUUCUUCGAUUAUGCCAGUCAUUUAUCUUUUCC